AGCGUCGUGUGUUCGCGCCUUUCCCGCCAGGGGGAGCGGGCCCGGGGCGGAGGCGGGGCCCAGGUGGGAGGGGGACCCGGGACGGAGGCGGGGCCCAGGUUGGGGCGGGGCCGGGCCCAGGUACAGCGGCCCUGCGGCUGGCGCGGCGGACGGGAUGAGGCGCUGCAGUCUCUGCGCUUUCGACGCCGCCCGGGGGCCCAGGCGGCUGAUGCGUGUGGGCCUCGCGCUGAUCUUGGUGGGCCACGUGAACCUGCUGCUGGGGGCCGUGCUGCAUGGCACCGUCCUGCGGCACGUGGCCAAUCCCCGCGGUGCUGUCACGCCGGAGUACACCGUGGCCAAUGUCAUCUCCGUCGGCUCGGGGCUGCUGGUGAGCGCGGCAGGCGACCCGGGCGGGGGCCGGGCUCCCGGAGAGCCCAGCAGGCCAAAGGCUUUGUGUCUUCCACAGAGCGUUUCCGUGGGACUUGUGGCCCUCCUGGCGUCCAGGAACCUUCUUCGCCCUCCACUGCACUGGGUCCUGCUGGCACUAGCUCUGGUGAACCUGCUCUUGUCCGCUGCCUGCUCCCUGGGCCUCCUUCUUGCUGUGUCACUCACUGUGGCCAACGGUGGCCGCCGCCUUAUUGCUGACUGUCACCCAGGACUGCUGGAUCCUCUGGUACCACUGGAUGAGGGGCCGGGACAUACUGACUGCCCCUUUGACCCCACAAAAAUCUAUGAUACAGCCUUGGCUCUCUGGAUCCCUUCUUUGCUCAUGUCUGCAGGGGAGGCUGCUCUAUCUGGUUACUGCUGUGUGGCUGCACUUACUCUACGUGGAGUUGGGCCCUGCAGGAAGGACGGACUUCAGGGGCAGGUAAGGAAGGCGAACAGGAAGGGUUCAUUCCACAGAGAUUGGCUGUGUUGCAAAGAUGCUGACCGGCCGGGUGCGGAGGCUCACACCUGUAAUCCCAGCACUUUGGGAGGCUGAGGCAGGCGGAUCACUUGAGGUCAGGAGUUUGAGACCAGCCUGGACAACAUGGUGAAACCUCGUCUCUACUAAAAAUACAAAAAAUUAGGUGGGGUGGUGGGCGCCUGUAAUCCCAGCUACUUGGAAGGCUGAGGCAGGAGAAUCGCUUGAACCCGGAAGGCGGAGGUUGCAGUGAACCGAGAUCGCGCCACUGCACUCCAGCCUGGGCAACAGAGCGAGGCUCCGUCAC